GUAUGGUGACGUCUGCAUAUUUGUGACGCCUAGAGACAUUUCCCUAUAUAAGGUGCUGAGGGGGCGGCGGAAGAAGGUUCUGGCAGUCGCAGUGCCUGGGUGAAGUGGUUGAGGUUCUUUUCCGUGCGCCGCGGCCGGGAUCUUGCCUCGAGAUGGCCCGUGGGAAUCAGCGUGAACUUGCCCGCCAGAAAAAUUUGAAGAAAAACCAGGAGACCCUCAAGGGGAAAAGGAAAGAGGAUAGUUUGUCUGCUUCUCAGAGAAAACAGAGAGACUCUGAAAUCAUGCAGCAAAAGCAGAAAGCAGCUAACGAGAAGAAGUCUCUGCAGGCAGAAGCAAAAUAAACUGGCUACAUAAAUGACAAUGUUCCAGUACACAGUUAUAGGGCAUAAAAGAUCAGACUUAUUUGUAAAAGUAGCCUACCAUUAAAUGGUUAAUGUUUAUCUUGUACAUG